CGACCUCGUGCUCAAAAUAAAAAUUCUCUGCAAAAAACUGGGACAGUGCUUUGAGAAGGAAUAACAAUUUAUAACAAGAUGUUGCUCUCGCUGGAUCAGUUGUCGAUGGAAUUUGCUAUCGAUGAUAUCUCCAAACACCUUGAGACAGCUAGAAAUAUCUUCGCGAUUCUGGGAGCUUUCUAUGCUGCCAAACUAUGUCUGAAAGUAACCUAUGCUUGUUACAGAGCUGUAAAAGUUUAUGUCUUACCAAAGAUUUGGAGUCCAUAUGAUUUUAGAUCAAGAUAUGGUGAAUGGGCUGUGGUCACUGGAGCUUCGGAGGGCAUUGGGGAGCGCUACUGUAUAGAACUCGCCAAACGUGGUAUGAACAUUGUAUUGAUAAGCCGCAGCUUAUCUAAGCUUCAGAAAGUAGCAGCAAAAAUAGAAGAAUUUCCUGGAAUCAAAGCAAAGAUUAUCACUGCUGACUUCAAUGAUGACGAAUGUUAUAAGAGAAUUGAAGACGAACUUGCAAAUCUUGAAAUUGGUGUUCUAGUCAAUAACGUUGGUAUCAUGUAUGAGCGACUGCAGUAUUUCUUGACUGUCAGUUCAGAGGUAUGUCCAAUCUCUCUCUGCAUUCCAGAGAAAGCUUUUGCAUUUGUUACUUUGCACCUUAUUCCUUUCUUUGUAAGAUUACAAAUAUCUUGUAAUUUUGCCAUUAGCGCUAAUGCUGAACUUGAGGAGCAAGAUGACAGGUUGAAGCGAAUCGUCAAUUUGAACAUAACGGCAACAGUUAUGAUGACUAGGAUAUUUCUGCCACAGAUGGUUCAUAGAAAAAAGGGUGCCAUAAUCAAUAUCUCAUCUGGGUCUUGUGUGCAGCCUGUGCCGACAAUGACCGCUUAUUCUGCUGCUAAGAUGUACACUGACUAUUUCUCCCGGGCGCUGAACUACGAAUACCAGAGGCAAGGCGUAACGAUACAAAGUGUGCAACCCUUCUAUGUGUCAACUAGAAUGACAAACUUCAUGAAACCGAACUUUUUGGUGCCAGAUGCCGAAACCUACGUUGAUCACGCGGUAAAGACUUUGUCCUUCACAUCAAGGACGUUUGGCUAUUGGUCACAUGGCCUUUUCGGUGUCAUCGGCGGUAUGCAUCCUCAAUGGCUGUUCUUCUGGGCCUCAACCAACAUCAAUGUGCCUCUUUGGAACUACCUUACCGGUGAAGGACAACAACCAAAAGCGGAUUGAUAUGAAUUAUUUAAAAGUUACAGCAAAACUAUUUGUCAGGCUUCUGUGAUUACAAAACAUUAACACGACCUAAAGUUCAGAUUUUUGGGUAUGACGGAAAUGAAGAAGUCCCCUAGAUUUUCAUGAUUUUUUGAUCUAAGCAAAUUUUGACAAUUAUGUAAGAUUUGAUUCCCUAACUUUUUGUUUGUUGUUGUUGUAAAUUCUUCUAAUUUGAUCUAUCACUCUAGCUAUCAAAAUAGCCAUAAAUACAAAUUUACCCAUAUCUGCAAAGCUAGCUAAUCAAAAUCGAGUUUAUCUCUUAAAUUUAAUAAAUUGUACUAUACAUAAUUACACUGAAAGUGGCUAAUUUAGAGCGUUAAAUUGCACUGAUUUGCACUACUUUGACAAGUUGGUCCAUCACAUUUUAAAUUUGAAAGUUCGAAACUUUCCUGCUUAUUUCAGCUAGUUAGGUAGGCUAUUCCAAGUCCGUGGCCCAAUAGACAUCAGACGUUUGGACCCAAAUGUUGUUUAGUCAAGACUAACGCCGACUACGUUCUUCGGAUUGCUUGAUGAAUAAUUUGAAGACCGUAUUUAUAAUUUCUUGUGCAUAAAAAGCGGGAUAACCGUUUCACUGUUUUGAAUAUUUUAAUGCAAAGGAUUCUCUGGAGGGAAUUAUGCAUCAUUCAUUUAUCUACCAACAUAUAGCAAUAUACAUGAACCACGAUAAAGCAGCUCUGAUCCCAUGAUAAGUUUAUUAUCAUCAGCGUAGUUAUAAAGCAUUCCUUGAAAAGAAAUAAAUCAUUUAUGUUAGAACUAAACAAGAUAGGUCCCAGCACCUAGCCCUGGGGCACACCAGAUAUAACUUCUUUAAAAUAACAAAACGUAUUAUUUAUCUAAACGCAUUGUUUUUGUCUGUUGAAAUAAAAUAAGAUAAAGGAUACUGCUCCAUCAACAUCAAAUCCAUAUUGAUGUAAUUUUGCAAUAAGCAAAUCAUGUGAAAUGCAGUCGAAAACUUCCGUCGUUUGACCGCACCGACGUGAAAGUCAUUUGAAAGGCUAGCCCCCAAUUUUCAAAAGCAAGCGUACUCGUAUUUCACAACGAGAGUAUUCAACUAGUGACAUAAGCAAAAAUGUUUCGAUUCUGCCAUGUUUUCUUCAAGAUAUUUUUGAACUAAGAGGAUACCCCACCCCUUUUCCUUAAAAAUUGCCCUGAUUGUAUUUAAUUUCAAUCUAAUCUAGAUAGUAUAGAUGUAUAAUGAAUAUAGUUAAAUAUGAGUGACAUGAAUUGCUUUUUUUU